GCUUAGUCUAGUAGAUGCUCCGGUUCUUGGUGGGAGUUGCGGUAUCUUGCCUCCCCCGCGCUAUAAACGUUCAAGGAAAAAAAACUAAGCCAAUGACGAACACCAACACCAUGACUGCGUCUAGUAAGAAACGCCUAUUGGGAAUAUACAACAUUCUGUCUCUCUUCUGCUCAUUCCACUCUUUCCGAGUCAUUGCCGGAGACGACCAGACGUCGAAUGCGUUCGACCCUCUGUCCAGCAUUUACAUUCGACAAGAAGCCGCGCUCAGGAAGCUAGACUCUCUCAUGGCAAAAGUCAGCCGCAUAGAAGCCCUAGAGACGAAGCUGACGGCCCUGACGAGCCUCCUGGAAGCAGAGCAGGAAAGGAACCAGCUGCUGGAAUCGAAACUGGAAUCGAUGGAAGGCAAAAUAGACAACCUGACAGCUGAAGUGAAAGAGGUUAACAGAAGUUUGGCUCUAGUUGGCAUCAGCGUCUGCCAGGUGGAGGGUCGUUUAGAGAACGUGUCGUCCUCGGGCAGAUCAGACGACUGUCAGUGCGUUGACAGCAUCCUGUCAAAUGUGACAGAAAUAUACCAAGAGGCCAUUCGAGACCAAACAUCCAAUCUGAGUUUCGUGUGCGGGUUGGCCGUGGACGAGCUCAAGAUGUUUGUGGAAGAAGCGAUCGGUAACGCGACCUUCUCAGCAGCAGCAUCGACGCAGAUGGCGAAUGAAUCAUCAUCGUCCGCCUCGACCUUGGAAGUCGAAAACAAGCUGUCAGAACUACAAGACCUCAUUUUGUAUGACACUAACGUCACGCAGCACCUCUUCUCUGCUACCUUCAGCCGCAUUCGAAUCUCGAACCUCGCGAUGGACAAGCGCUUGGCUGCCCUCUUGCACACGUCGUCCACGCGUCAGCGCGUGCUGCAGGACAGCUUGCUGAAGGCGAUGACGUCGGUGGCAACCCUCGUCAAAGCGCAGACGCAGGACGCCAUUCGCAAGACCGAAAACCGAUUCGAAAGUCUCGAAUUCUCGCUCGCGGCCUCGACCAAGCGCCACGCCAAGGAGCUGGCAACGCUCGUCCUUGAGGCGGCGAACCACACCCUCUACGACGUGUCGUCCUCCACCCUGACCCAGCUUGAAGGGCUACUUCAGGCGCAUCUCAAUCAGUCGGCACUCCUCGAGGACAUCCUCGACGCGCUGAGGGACUCUCAAAACCAAACGGUGCAAUACGAUACAGCCAAGCAAAAGGAGUUCUGCGUCUUCAUGGUUGACGACAACAGAACGGAGAACUCCAGUCUUGAAUAUUCAGAGCCGUCUAUAAACCACAUUAUAGAUACAAUUAAUGACGUCCACUCGCAGCUGAGGCAGCAAGUAACCGACAUUGCAGAGCAGUUGCUUGGGAUGAGGAUUUACUACGCUACCAGCCUCCAUAUGAGCACAGACCAAAUAGUGAGCGCAUUCGGAGACGUCCGCAGUGACAUCAACCAGUCUGUCCAAGAGACUCUAGCGAAGACGACGCGACAUUUGGAGAAACUGAGACGGUCCUCCAUGGGCAUUCUGGACGCGGCUGUGACCACAGUCUCCUCCUCGGCCGUCAGUUCUGCGCAAGCGUCGGCUGAUCAGCUGAAGAAGGCCAUGAAGACCUUGGAAUCUCGCAUUGCAACCAAAUUAGACAAGCUUCAGUCAGCCCUGGCACAACACCUGCCCGUGCCCUGCCCUGAGCAGUACACAAGAGUUGGAAACAUCUGCCUGCUGGCCUUCCACGAUGCCCUCACCUCUUGGCAUACCGCCAGGGACCUGUGCCAACAGGAGGACGGCGACCUCGUGCUGAUAGCGGAUGGUGGCAUGUUGGAAAACGUGAGGUCUUUCCUGUACGCAAACCAGGUCACUGAAGAAGCUCCCCUUGCACCGUACUGGCUUGGAGCUCGGAAGAUGGAAGGCCAGUGGGUAUGGACUAACGGCUCCGUGGUGACUAUGAAGGUACACGAAGGCGCUCUCCUGGAUGAAGAUUUUGCAGACGAGGACUCAAAGACGUCUGGGCAAGAGGAGUGCCUGAUGACUUGGGAUGCCAGUGCCCAGUUGGUGCCUGGGCUGUGUGAAUCGCUCAGAUCUGUUGUCUGUGAACGCCAACUCAGUCUGUUCCCAAGUUCCCCAGAGCCCACUAUCUCCAACGAGAUAUUGCCACAAACCACCAGCAAGCCUCCACAAACAACUGACAAACCGACUUUGGUUAUCGACACAGAUCUUAACAACGAUCUUAACUCAGGCACAUACGAUUACUUGUCUUAUUUCACACCGUAAUAAGGUAUUCAAUUGCUUACCCUUCUCCGAAGCUUGUGGCUAUUUUUUUCUUUACUCUUGAACAGAUUGACGCAAAGUUGAAUAGCAACUUCUACUGAGUAUUUUAAGUGAUAAUAAGUUUGUUAGAUCUGAAGGAGUGAGAGGCAUUAACGUUCUUGCAUAGUACCGAAAAACUGUAUUUUAUUUUUUAUUUUUUCGAAAAUGACACUUAUCUAGGGACGCAUGUUUAAAAGAAGGUCAAAGUAUGAGACAUCAUUAUUUUUUAAAAUAAUGCUGGUAUGUGCUCUAGUUCAAGAUAACCUGUAUUACCCUUCCUUUGGUGAUUUUCUUAUAAAAUUUCGAAUCCUUUAUACUUGACGUGCCGCGAACGAGAGAGAGAGAGAGAGAGAGAGAGAGAGAGAGAGAGAGAGAGAGAGAGAGAGAGAGAGAGAGAAAUUAUAUUAUAUAUAUAUACAUAUCUCGUAUCUAUACCUAAGAAAGUUUGUAUGCGCAUGUACAUGUUUUCAGCAACGACUGCACUACGUAUUUAGUUGUCAAUUUUGCCACAAAUGCAACUUAUUUUUAUUUUAUGAGGAAUCUGCAGCUACGCCACAAAACGAGCGAGGUAUAUAGUCGCUUCCGGACCAAAAUUCACUUGAAAACAGACAUAAAACAUGGAUGCAAACCCCAAAACAAUUACCCGAGUUUAUUUAGAUCUUUUUUCUGGCUUUUGCUGUCUAUUAAAUAAAAUGUUAAUACACCAAGAGGUCUCUAGGUACACUGGAAUAUUUGUGGAAAUAACACGAGAGCGAUUAGUACCUUCGUCUUUAAUCAAAUUUCUGUAUGUCAUCACAUAUACUACUUUGAACCCAAAGCAAGAUUCAACAGAGACUGUUCUUUCAUAUCUCACUGAAGUGUUGCCAUCUCACCGGAAUAACUUGUACUUGUGUUCAUUACUUUCGACAUUUUCAGAGCAUAUAAGGUUUUGUUAUUUAUUACAUUAAACCUUCCAUCUGUUUUUAUUUUCUUUCCACGUACCAUCUUGCUAUUAGUAACCCUUCAGAACAAGAGAUUUUUCCGAGGUUAGGUUUACAGUAACUUAAACAAUUAAAGUAGUAGAUGGGAGGGAGAAAGUGAAAUGGCUAGGCCUACUGGCUGUGUUCACCGGCCUUCUGAACUUAAAUAAGCUUUGUGAUCCUCAGUUCAAGU